CCAAGCCAACAAACGAGCCACGACGAAGCCAAUGACAAGCUGCGAUGCAUAGCUAGCUAGGCUAGUGACCAGAAACAACCAGCGGCCAAAACAAAUGCGUCAGCACCCUUGCGAUACCCCACGAACAUUACUUUCUCUGUUGUUUUGGCUCCUUUUCUAUUCUGUUCCACCUCGACGAAGCUUGGAGUUGUGGAAAUCGGAUGGUAGUCAAAAAUGUGAGAAAAAGAAGGGCUUAUAUGAAUGAUGCAAGCUUCUUUUGCCAAAGAUACUUAAUGAUUAGUUUUCUUUGAAAUAUCACUUGUGACAUGAUGAAUUUAGAUUUGGGAGAACUACAAGUCUGUUAAUUCCUUAAAAACAACCAGUGACCAUUUGCGAAUGUUCUGAUGACUAUUCUGUAAUGACUGCAUGACUUCUGCGAUGACUUGAACGAUGACUUCUACAAUGACUCCUACGAUGACUCCUACUAUGACUGCUGCCGAAAGCAACCAACCAUCCAACCCAAAACCGUGAUCACUUACUUGUUCACUUCUUGUUGCGUUUCGUAGCAACCCAGCCAGGUAACCACCACUGAGCACGGAGUCUUCAAGACCAACCGGUUGGCAUCUCCAAGCAAAUAUUUACAAGCAAGGUAGCUCCAGGAACUGAAUGUCACUCCAGAAGCGAUCUUGCUGAGGCUGAUCUUGUUGAAGGCUUGUUGAAGGGGAAGCAAGGGUGCAAGCAACCUAGCUGGCCAGCAAGGUUCCUUUGAGUCAAGUCGAGCCCGAGCCGACCUUUGACCUGACGUCUGGGUUGUUGACCAUGGCCGACCUGCCGUCGUUGUUCGCUGAAAGUUGGAAAUUUUGGAUUGAAUAUCAAGAUACUACUUGGCAAUGACGCAAGUGCGACGCCCAUCGGCGGCCAAACCAAGAAGCUGCCAAUGUCUGUGUUGGUUUCUCCUUUUGGGGACUCUCUUUUGGCUCGUGACAGAACAUGACAUUCCGGAUCACCCCUCUGCGGUGCCAGCCCCAUUCAUGGCGAAAAGCUUCGAUAUGUUGGCUAUGAGGAACAGUAACAACAACAACAAUGACGUCAUUGACAAUGCUCCCGUGGAUCCUACCAAAGUGCUGGACGAACCGCACAUUUACCAAUACCGCAGAAACUGUCAUGGCGAACGUCCCACGUUGGCGUCCAUCCAGGCAUGUUAUCCCGAUGCUACCCUCCAUUUUGGACAGCAAACCCACAAUAAUCCACCAUCUUCUUCUUCGUGUGACCAAUAUCCACAGGACCAACCAUUGACGUGGUCGUUUGUGCAAGAGUGUCUAGCGGGACGACACACUUCAACCAACAAUAAAAUAUCCCAAAUUCACGUCAUUGGAGAACGCAACAGUGGCACCAAAUGGUUGCAACAGGAAUUGGCGCAGUGCUUUCCAAAAUCUGUGGCACGAAGUCAUCGUGAUUUUUUACGCAGCAAACAUUUUUUUCAACCGCCCGUGCGAGGCAUGCUAUCAGAAAGUCUCGUCAUUGCCAUUGUCCGGUCCCCGGACGAAUGGUUGGCGGCCAUGCGGGAAAAACCCUAUCACAUGCCGUUUCAUAUGAACGGAUAUGAUAGCAUUACUAAUAAAGUGAUUCCCUUGGACUGGGACGAAUUUACCAAACGACAAACGUGGACCAUGCCGCUACCACACCAGGAAUUUCCACCCAAAGAAGGCAGUUGCGUCCAGGGAUUCUCCUUUACGGAAGUAUCACCGUGUUUGUUUAAUGACACUAGUAUUGUCCCACGCAACAAAUGGAGAGGACACAUGCCCGUGUACGAAUUGCAGCGCGAUGGGUCGGGAAUUCCCUUUUCGCAUUUACUGGACUUGCGCGCCGAAAAAAUUCUCAAUUUUGUCUUGGAAGUGCCACUGUUGAUGGCAUUGGGGGGAUUUCUUGCCGUGCGAUACGAAGAUUUGGUAAAACAUGGUACGCAGGGAUUUUUGGAACAAGUGGCGCACUUGUUGGAUCUUCAAUUGCCAUCAUCAUGCAAACCACAGCCACCUCGUCCCGAACGAUUGGGGCGACGGACAAUUCCAUCCAAGGUGCGAAUGUGGAUGGAAGAACGGUUGGUGUUGGAAACAGAGCAAUUGUUGGGGUAUCGGUGA